AUGUCCAGGGUAACAGAAUUGCCAGUAACAGCUCGUGGCCGCUUGGCCGUGCUUUCCGCCCACUUAGCCGCUGCAACCAUCGAGCCCUCUGAGCUCGAACCCACUCUCGAGCCACUCUGCCUCUCGGCUCAGGGGGUGGUCCCACCACCCGGGAACCUCAGGGGCCCUUUGACCAUCGUCGACGAGAGGACCGGUAAGAGGUACCAGGUCCAGGUCUCUGAAGAAGGAACCAUCAAAGCCGCUGAUCUCAAGAAGAUCACAACUGGGAAGAAUGACAAGGGGCUAAAGCUAUAUGAUCCUGGAUAUCUUAACACUGCCCCUGUUCGAUCCUCGAUUUGUUAUAUCGAUGGCGAUGAGGGGAUUCUUAGAUAUAGAGGCUACCCAAUUGAGGAACUGGCUGAGCGUAGUACCUUUUUGGAAGUGGCCUAUCUCUUGAUGUAUGGGAAUUUGCCUUCUGAAAGUCAAUUAGCAGAUUGGGAAUUUGCCGUUUCUCAGCAUUCAGCUGUACCACAGGGAAUUUUGGAUAUUAUACAGGCAAUACCUCAUGAUGCACAUCCAAUGGGUGUACUUGUUAGUGCAAUGAGUGCGCUUUCCGUGUUUCAUCCUGAUGCUAAUCCUGCUCUCCGAGGGCAAGACGUUUACAAGUCGAAACAAGUGAGAGACAAGCAAAUAGCACGCAUCCUUGGGAAGGCCCCAACCAUUGCAGCAGCAGCUUAUUUGAGAUUGGCUGGAAGACCUGCUGUUCUCCCCGCUAACAACCUUUCUUAUGCAGAGAACUUCUUAUACAUGCUAGAUUCCUUAGGCAAUAGAUCUUACAAACCCAAUCCUAGACUGGCUCGAGUGGUAGAUGUUCUCUUCAUACUGCAUGCAGAGCAUGAGAUGAAUUGCUCAACAGCUGCUGCCCGGCAUCUGGCAUCAAGUGGUGUGGAUGUUUACACUGCUCUUGCUGGAGCUACUGGAGCCCUCUAUGGCCCUCUUCAUGGUGGAGCAAAUGAGGCUGUGCUUAAGAUGCUAAAUGAGAUUGGAACUGUUGAGAACAUUCCAGAGUUCAUAGAGGGUGUGAAGAACAGGAAGCGAAAGAUGUCAGGUUUUGGGCAUCGUGUGUACAAAAACUAUGAUCCCAGAGCAAAGGUCAUAAGGAAAUUGGCAGAUGAAGUGUUUUCCAUUGUUGGAAGGGAUCCUCUGAUUGAGGUAGCUGUUGCUUUGGAAAAGGCUGCACUGUCUGAUGAGUAUUUUGUUAAGAGAAAGCUUUAUCCAAAUGUUGAUUUCUACUCUGGGUUAAUUUAUAGGGCAAUGGGAUUUCCAACGGAGUUCUUCCCGGUUUUGUUCGCAAUCCCUAGAAUGGCUGGGUGGUUGGCACACUGGCGGGAAUCCCUUGAUGAUCCUGAUACUAAGAUAAUGAGACCCCAACAGGUGUACACUGGAAACUGGCUGCGGCACUAUAUACCACCGAGAGAACGGAUAGUAACAAGUGAUUCAGACAAGCUUUCUCAGGUUUCUGUUUCAAAUGCCUCUAGGCGUCGGCUGGCUGGAUCUGGAGUUUAG